UUGAAAACACGUUACGCGCCUGUGUAGAGCGUUUUUGCGCUUCAAAACAUUUCCAAGCGCCAAAGAGCCGAUGCCGAUCCCCUCCCAGACGAGCUACGCUAACAGAUUCGAAAGUUUUACACCGCGUGCAUUAACAAACAACAACAACCGACCAACAAUAGCAUCAGCAACAAUAACAAUUUCUCAGCGCCAACAAAGAAAGACCCAAAGACCCGUUAGAGCAGCGGAUAGCGAACGAGUAACGGAAACGGAAAGUAAAAGCCAUCUCACACACACACACACACAUACCGAAGCACACAGAUACACAGAUAUGGCGGAGACGAUCAACAACAAGCCGAGCAUACAGAUUCGGAGUGGCCUGCCCUCACCGCUGCCGGACAAGAGCCCCUCGCCGGCCGCCAAGCUGCUGAUCAGCCAUGGCAAGCCCAACUUCACCAUCGGCAACAAAUCGCCCAAGGCCGAGGAGAAUGGCAGCAGUCCGUUGUCGCCCCAGCCGAGUACAGCCAACAACAACAACAACAACAACUACAAUGCCUACAAGAGUGCCACCAACAACAGCAACGCCAGCAACGGGAGCAACUGGAGCAACGGUGGCGAGAGCAACAAAUUCAUCGUCGGCACCAAAUUCAAUGGUGUCUUCAAGCCAUCGACUGCGGCCAGCAGCUGGGCCGCCAACGGGAACGGGAAUGGGAAUGGCUCGGUGAACGGCAAUGGCACCGCUGCAGGGGGAGAGAAUGAGGCGGCCAAGGUGGUGCUGCGGCGUCCGAAGACGGCGGCGGCAUCUCCGCCACCCGCCGAGGCCGAGGACGACAAUGUGCCGGAGUUCAUCAGACGUCAGCGCCGCAUCCAAGAGCGCCUGGCCAAGGAGAAUGUGCUGGAUUUUGAGAACCGUCGCAGUGGCUACUUCACCCACGUCGUGAUCUCCCCAGACUCGCCCAAUCGCACCUCCUUUGUGGAGACCAUGGCCAGUCCGGCUAUAAAUCCAUCUCUGGAAAUGCCAGCACCGGUGCACGAGAAGGUCGGAGAGGAGGAGGAGGAAGAGCAGAAGCAGCAGCAGCAGCAGCAGGAGUAUGCCACACCAGUGACUACAUCUGCCCUGAUUAGCGAACCAGAGACAGUUGUGGCUGUCACCAAUGGCCACAGUGAGGAAGCACCCAGCAGCAAUGGGCAUGCGGAGCAGGACUAUGUCGCACCCGAGGAGGUGGCCAGGGCCAUUGAGGAGGUCAACAAGGCGGUGGCUGGGGAGGAUGAUGACAAGACCGAGGCAGAGCCAGAGCCAGAAGCAGAAGCAGAAUCCACUCCAGCUGCAGUUCCAGCUGCAGUUCCAGCUGCAGUGCCAGUGCCCGUUGAGAGGAAGAUUGAGCCAGAGGCAGAGAUCCCAGCUACAGCAGCGCGUACGCCCUCUCCCGUUGAGGCCCAGGUGGAGGUUGUCCAAAACGGCGUUGCCACAAAUGAUAGCCAGGCCGCCGAUGGCAUCACCAUUUCCCACACCAAUGGCGAUGGCCCCAGCAUACCCACGCCGGACCCCAGCGGUGCCCUCGGCGUCAACUACGAGCCCAAGACCGUCGUGAGCUUCUCCCAGGAGCUGGGCGGUGGCGAUAACAACUAUCCCGACACCGUCAAAGUGGUGAGUGGCGAGUCCUCGGACGGAGAGCUGAAGGAUCUGGCCAAGCUGAAGUUCGACAUCAAGAACGAUGGGCAGGCGGAUGAUGUCCAGGUGACGCCCGUGCUGCGUGCGGAAUAGAUGUGGGGCAGAGAGAUGUCUGGCCGGGAUUAGUUCAAUUGCUGUUAAAGAGGAAGGACGGACGGACGGACGGACGGACGGAUGGAUGGAUGGACGGACGGAUGGAUGGACGGACGGAUUGUGUAUUGUGUUUUGUGCUUUGUGUUUUGUGCUAGCUGCUAAGUUGAGUUGCUAAUUAUGUGGGGGGAGGAGAUGAGGGAGGAGAAAUGUUGCCAAAUUUAAUUUUAUGCUUCGCGCAUCAGUCAGUAUCGAGAGUAGAGUAUUGCAGAGACAAUGGAGAAUGGAUAAGGGAUAAUGGAUAAUGGAGCAUCCAUGCACCCACAUUGGACUAUGAUGAUCAUGGUAACAGCCGUCAGCUGCGGAGGAUAGCUGUUGGCCCACCUGCUACACCAAACUACGUUUAUUUAAAUAGAUAAAAACCAUUUGCUUUAUUUAAAUAAAUUAUUAUUAUUAAAAACGUA